GAGGGUGGGACUUCCGGCUGAGAGGGGCCGGUCCGGGUUUAGAGCGAGUCAGCGCCGGUGAGGCGCUGCUGCCGACCCGCCAUGGCCUGCGCCGAAGCCUCGCCGGCCGAUAAAGAGCGAUUCAUCUGCAUUUACCCAGCAUAUUUAAACAACAAGAAGACAAUAGCCGAAGGAAGAAGGAUACCCAUAGACAAAGCUGUUGAAAAUCCCACACCUACAGAAAUCCAAGAUGUGUGUGCAGCAGUGGGACUCAAUGUACUUGUAGAGAAAAAUAAGAUGUACCCCAGAGAAUGGAACCGUGAUGCCCAGUUUAGAGGCCGAGUAAGAGUUCAACUGAAACAGGAGGAUGGCAACCCAUGUUUACCUCAGUUUCCAUCACGUAAGUCAGUAAUGCUGUACGCAGCAGAAACAAUUCCCAAACUGAAAACAAGGACACAAAAAAUGGGAGGGAGUGACCAAAGUCUCCAGCAAGGAGAGGGAGGCAAGAAAGGCAAAGGGAAGAAGAAGAAAUGAGCCUGUGACUGGCUUGCAUGUACUUUGUAUAAACAUAAUUAUGCCUAAUUUGGAUGGACAUGUUAACAAUUGUGACUCUGAAGUGAAAGAUGCAGAGAAGAAAUGAGAAUUGGUGAAGCUGUACAGAGUUGUCUUUUUUUACUGAACUGGAAUGCAUGUAACUGUACUUCACAUUGUGUAACAGUAGAUCCAUAUGUAUUCAGACACAACCCCUCAAACUCCAAAGUUAAGUACCCUUCAGACCUAGAAAUUAAAGAGAACCAAGACAAAUUAAGGAGGAGGCAGGAGAGGGGUGAAGAAACAUGAAGCUGUGUGCUGCUUUUAAAAUAUCCAGCUUGGUUUUUUUUUUCUUGAAGCCAGUUGCCUUAGUACACCAUUUACUCUUCUGAUAAAGAGAUUUGUCUUGAUUCUGGAGUUUGUAUGUCACUAUAGUUGGAAAAUUUAUGAUGAAUGAAGUAAUCAUUAUUUUGUACAUCUCACUUCUAUCUUUCACAAAUGUUAAAUAUAAUAAAAGUGGCAAAAGUAGUUCUCAAAUUCUACUUGCUUUUACAAAAAUUGUUGUGGUCACAGUAGCAUUAUUCCUUAAGAUGAUCACAAAAACUUUUUAUGUUUUGUUUUGUUUUUUAAUCUUUUUAAAAGCUUGUGGCUGUUAUCUGCAUUCUGUGAAAUACUGAUAAACUGUUAGGUGUAUACAGAAUUCAGCAUUCUUUCUCCACUAAAAAUGGUCUUGCUUUAUAAUAAAUCGAACCCAAAUUUUGGGGGUACUAACUGCUAACUUCGUAAAACACAAAUGUUCUGUCACGUUUUGCAGAACCAUGUAACUUGCUUAUGAAGGGAAAGAUCAGUCAUUCAAUACAGAAGACUCAGCCAAUCUGGACGUCUGUCAGCCACAGGGAUUGGGAUAGAAAAGAGAAUCUCUUAAAAGAAAAGGCUGUAGAAAGCAUACGUUGUUCUUUGCAAGUUGCAGGAGAAAGAAUAGGAAUGCAAAGGAAGAAUGAUUGGAAAAUCAAACAGACUUUUGAAGAGAAAAAAAAUUAAGGUAGGUUUUUUCUGAUGAAGAGAUCAGCUCCUUUUCUCCUAAUAUCACUUUUUCAGCAAAAUACAUUUAAUGUUUAAUUAUUCAUAUUACCAAAUAUUGGAAACAUCUUCAGUCUUUCUUGUAGCAUUCUGGUGAGGCAGAUUUUCCAAGUAGUAUGAUAUUUUUCUUUAUACUUUCUUAAUGUUUUCCUUGACCCACUUGAAUCAUUUCAGUCUUCUACAAACAUGGUCUCUAACAACAUCCCAAAUCUCAGCACUGGGAGACUAGAUAGCAUGUGAUGCAGAAAACUAUUUGAAAGACAAAAACCUAUUUCAUCCUCUCUUGCCAGUCUCUCUUAUGUAUGUCAGAGUUCUGACCAAAAAAAAAGUAACAGCAUCAUAUAUAUUGCAUGAACUUAUGUUUGUGACAGCUUGUGCAUCAAAUUAUGUAUCUUAUUUAGUCUAUAACGAUGCAUAUGUACCCUGCUUUCUGCCAGGCUAUUUUUAACAGCUUAUUGGUGCAACUAUUUGUACAUCUUCAUCUUACAAGGCAAUUUGACUUGGUACUACAUGUUCCACUGUAUUGGCAAAAAAGUUUAUGGGAGAAGAGGAAGGGAGAAACUUAAAAGUAACCUCAAAGCUUUUAUUGUUUAAAAAUCUAGUUUUAGUUAUGCAAGGUUUUGGGCAGGUUUUGUUUCGUGCUGCAAGGGUGGAGUUGUUUUGUUUUUGGGUUCUUUUGGUCUUUUUUGUUUGUUUUUUACCAGUUGACUAAAGGUUGUAUGAUUCUGCUUUGAGGGACUAUUGCCACCUUUAAGCCAAAGUAUGAUAUGCAGAGAGGGAUGGUGUAAAGAAGAAAAUGGUCUGUGCCACGUGAUUUUUGUGGUGACUAUGAAUAACUUUCAGAUGCUUGGAGUGCUGAUAAUUCUGACUGAGGUGGGAUAACUAGGUGAUGCCCAUAAAUUUGAGUUGCUCUCCUAUGGAUUUUUUUAAAUCGGUGUCUUUCAGUCUGGCUAUUGUGCAGAUUCCAAGCUUGGGUAGGAGGAAUGACAACAAGUCUCAUUUUUGUGAUAUAAAGAAUAGGUGCAAAUAAA